AUGGAGGCACCAGGUGAGGGUGAGGUAGAGGUCGAAGAAGCCUCCGAGCUGAAGAGCCACGGAAAUGCCGCCUACUCCAGAAAUGAUGUGGAGGAGGCCGUGCGGCUCUGGAACCUGGCCAUUCGAAAGCAUGUACAGGAGCUUUCAGAUGGUAAGCCUUGUGAUGAGGAGGCUACAACAUUGGAGCGCUCAAUUUACCUCAACUUGGUGCAAGGAUACUUGAAGCUUGGUGACGGUGAGCGAGCCCUACGAGCGUGCAAGGUUGUGCUUUUCACCGACCAGGAGAAUGACAAGGCACGUUUCCGGGCGGCCGAGGCGUGUCUGCAGUUGGGACGAUCUCAGGAGGCAGAGCAGUGGCUGUCCAAGCUGGACCUGCCAGAGGCUUCCAAGAUGCUUCAAAGAAUUCGAUGGAAGUCGCGAGCAGAGGCUGCCAAAGAUAGCAAGCAAGAUGCUGCCGCGCGCAAGAAGCUAGCAGAGAAGAUGAGUGCCGGUCUAUCAGGUUUCUCUGAGGACAAGCCACCACCUGUUCCGCAGGAGAGCGCGCCCAGAGCACCUAUGGCAGAUCUGGACACGGUGUCCAACAUGACGGACAUCUCGGCAGAAGUUGCCCAGGCGGCAAAGAAUCGCUUGGCCCGCAUGGAGGCAGCUGCUGAAGGGGAGCAGCCUCUACCUGAGCCAACCUACACAGACUUUGAGUCUUUUCGUGCCAAGGCGAUGAAGAGGUCUCAGUUGCCCUAG